GGUGACACCACUGUCCACAUGACCAUAAUUGUGAUGCUGACUAUGAUUUAUAGGGUAAUGGGUGGCGAACUGUUUGAUAGGAUUGUCGAGAAGGGCAGUUACACCGAGAAGGACGCCUCACACCUGAUCCGACAAAUAUUAGGUGCCGUCGAUUACAUGCACUCGUGUGGAGUGGUUCACAGAGACCUUAAACCCGAAAACCUUCUGUAUUAUAGUGCAGAAGAAGACUCGAAAAUAAUGAUCAGUGACUUCGGACUCUCCAAAAUGGAAGAUUCAGGAGUAAUGGCCACCGCGUGUGGAACCCCUGGAUAUGUGGCCCCCGAGGUGUUGGCACAAAAGCCUUACGGCAAGUCAGUGGACGUGUGGAGCAUUGGAGUGAUUGCAUACAUAUUACUGUGCGGUUAUCCGCCCUUUUAUGACGAGAACGACGCCAACCUUUUUGCUCAGAUAUUGAAAGGAGACUUCGAGUUCGACAGCCCUUAUUGGGACGAAAUCUCUGAUUCGGCCAAAGACUUCAUUAGGCAUUUAAUAUGCGUUGAUGUGACCAAACGCUACACAUGUAAGCAGGCAUUGGCUCACCCUUGGAUAUCUGGCGACACCGCCAAAGACAUGAAUAUUCACGGAUCAGUGAGCGAACAGCUGAAGAAGAACUUUGCCAAAACCAAAUGGAAACAAGCAUAUAACGCCACAGCAGUGAUAAGACAGAUGCGAAAGCUAGCAAUGGGUAGUUCUGGCACUUCUUUAGACCAAACAAGUGAUGCAGUGAUAACUGAUUCAUCUGAUACUCAAAGCGAACUCUUCACCAAAUUAACAAAUUUGGAAACAGAGGAUACUGUUAGCCCUAUUCGGACAGUUAGUUCUUCCGAUUGA